GCCAAAAAGUCUGUGUUUCAGUUUGAUAGUGAUAAAAGCGCACAUCUGUGUUUCCUCUAUAUGUAGUUAAACGAUUAAAUAACAAGCGCUUAACUAGCUCGCUACGUGAAUACUUGUAUUUUGAAAACGGAAACCAUAUCCGGGAUAACAGGCGUGCACAUGAUCAGCUGACUGAAACGUUGACAAAGCAAGUUAGCACUGGUGGAGGAAGCAAGAAUCAUCGCUGACAGGCGAUUAUUAGAUGCCGCUGUUGGUUUUCUUCAGGAGUUGUUUUGGUGUGGACUGACUUGUGAUCCAUGUAAAAGGAGAACAACAAGAGAGGGCAAACAUCAGGAUCAGUAUGGACAUCCAGAACGAGAGGAGAAGGCUCCUGGAUGCGGAGGGAGGUGAUGAGGAUCCGACUGGACUCAUGUCUGAGCAUGAGGCUUAUCUGAGCAAAGUGAAGAACAGGAAGUUGUACCUUGCAACAUUUGCGUCCGUCCUGGGCCCCAUGAGCUUCGGGUUUGUUUUGGGCUACAGCUCUCCUGCCAUCCCUGACCUCACCCAGAUCUCAGACCCUCGGCUGCGGCUGGACGAUGUCCAGGCCUCCUGGUUUGGGUCCAUCGUGACGUUGGGAGCGGCGGCGGGCGGCCUGCUGGGCGGCUGGAUGGUGGAGAAAAUCGGCAGGAAGCUCAGUCUGAUGUUCUGCUCGCUGCCGUUUGUCUUCGGUUUCACCAUCAUCAUCGCGGCGCAGAACGUUUGGAUGCUUCACCUCGGCAGGGUGCUCACCGGCGUCGCCAGCGGAGUCACCUCGCUGGUCGUCCCGCUGUAUAUCUCUGAGAUGUGUCAUGAGCGCGUUCGAGGGACGUUAGGCUCCUGCGUGCAGCUCAUGGUGGUGCUCGGCAUCAUGGGAGUGUAUCUCGCAGGUCUAUACCUGGACUGGCGCUGGCUGGCGAUCUGCAGCUCCAUCCCACCGACGCUGCUGAUGGUGUGUAUGUGCUUCAUGCCGGAGACGCCCAGGUUCCUGCUGUCCCAGGGCAAGAGGCGGGAAGCCGAGGAGGCGCUGCGCUUCCUGCGAGGACCUGAUGCCCCCGUCGAAUGGGAGUGCGCCCGCAUUGAGGACGCCUGUGACGAGCAGGGGUCUAGUUUCCAGAUGUCCGACCUGAAGGACCCUGGUGUCUACAAGCCUCUGGUGAUCGGCAUCAUGCUGAUGAUCUUUCAGCAGCUGACUGGGAUCAAUGCCAUCAUGUUCUACGCUGAAAACAUAUUUGAACAGGCACAUUUCAAGGACAGUGACCUGGCCUCAGUGAUCGUGGGUCUGAUUCAGGUGGUCUUCACAGGAGUGGCAGCGCUGAUCAUGGACAAGGCCGGAAGAAAACUUCUUCUCAUCAUGUCAGGUGUUGCCAUGGCGAUCAGCACCACAGCGUUCGGGGUUUAUUUCUACCUGAUAUCCAAAGUUCACAGCACCACCUUGACGAGCGACCUGGUGCUGGGCGUCCAGAGCCAGGUGGGUGAGGAGCCCCACGCUGACCUGGCCUGGCUGGCCCUGGCCAGUAUGGCCAUCUUCAUCACAGGUUUCGCUCUGGGUUGGGGUCCAAUCCCGUGGCUGAUCAUGUCGGAGAUUUUCCCACUCAAAGUGAGAGGGUUUGCCAGCGCCGUCUGUGUGCUCACCAACUGGAGCAUGGCGUUCAUAGUCACCAAAACCUUCCAGGAUAUGAUGAUUCUUCUAACCAGCGCUGGAACCUUCUGGCUGUUCGCCUCCAUGUGCACCCUCAACGUCAUCUUCACCAUCGCCUUAAUCCCAGAAACCAAGGGCAAGACACUCGAGCAGAUCGAAGCCAUAUUCAGAGGGACAUCAGGUCCAUAAAGCUCCCCCGACCCACCUGCCAAAAAAAAAAAUCACUCACAUCAAAAACUGAAAACCGUAUUAAUUCAAACCUCAGAUAGUUGAACUGACUGGUCCUCGGGACACUGUGUGGGCAUUUUUUUUUAAAAUCUUUGUUAAGCCUGUGAAGCUGAUCGAAACACUUUCUUCUGAUUUAUUUUUAUCCCUGAAACAUGGGGGUUAGUCGACAGGUCAGGUAGAGUUAUGAACUGUAUAAAGACAGUUUCACUUCCUGCCAGCUGCUCAGUACAGCGUCACUAUUAGCUACUGAUGAGUUUUACUGAAGCGCUCAGUGGAAACCUGAUGUUUUGAAUGACGAGAGUGUUUCUUCUUCACUGCCCCUGUCAGCUAAAGCCUUCUAGUAAUAAACUCACUUUUUCAAAAUGGAGCAAACAGGUAACGUAAAAUAGUCAAAUUUGGAACUUUGACUAUAUUUAACAUCUAAGAUUUUAACAGUAUAAAAAUGACAGAAAGUCACAAAAAGCAUGUUAUGCUCCGUCUAACUUGUUCCAUCACAGAUUUGUGUUUCCAAGGCUCAGACUGAAUCUCUACACUCUAAAUGUUACUGUUUCAUUGUCUGCAGCCAAGAUGUCAGUUGAGUCCAAUCAAAUUAAAGGCCAGACCUAAAGGCGGUCAAGAUAAAAUCAAGUCCAAGAGAAGAAUUAAUUAAGUUCUAUGCAAAACCAAAUGUACAAAAAAAUAUCUUUAGAAUGCAAAAUAAUGAGUUCAAUUAGUUUAUAAAGGAUGAUCAAACCUGUUCACUCAGUUGCCAGUUUAUUAAAUCCACUCAGCUAAACUUACUGCACACUAACGCAACAUUUUCUGCAAUAAAUCCAAUAAUGUUCAGUUUCUGUUGAAACUGUUUCAGAGUGUUGAUUCAACUUUAUAGUCAUUUCACUGUAGUUUGUGGUACUGUUUUUUUUUUGUUUGUAAUAUUUUGUCCUCCAUAACUGGCAUCUGAGUGUACAUCAUCUGUUUCUGUAGGAAUUAUGAACUAAACCCUUCAAUGUCCAAUAAUUUGAUCAGUCAGGUAAUUAUAUACAGUUUUCCACAGGUCAUAUCCUUUAAAUUAUUUGUAGUGCUGAGAAAAAACAGCAACAAAAUAACCUUCUGUACUGCCAUUGAGACAUCAGAGAAGUGUUUUUGAUGCAGAUCAUGACUCCUGGUGAGCAGGUUCAGUGUCACAAACACUUGAAUGUGACGUCUAAACGGUCAGAUCAGCUCUGAUGUUCUUCGUUAUAAGGUUUCCUCAGGUGUUGGGCAGUUUGACAGUUUUCCCGUUUUAAUAUAUGCACUAAAAUUUUACAGAAAGCUGUUAUACUGGAGUUCAGGUGCAUAGUGAAGGUUAUAUCUAACGCUGGGAUCUUUAUACUUUGCGGGUCUGUGUUUCUUACUGUUAAGAAUGAAAUGAUGAAGAGUGAAAUGGAUGUUAAAUGUGUACUCUAAAAUCUCUCCUUUUGUGUACCAAAACUUUUGAAAAGUUCUUAAUAUCAUUGUGAUAAGUUUAAAUUAAUGCCAGUUAUAAUAGAUUCCAAUGGAGAUGCGGUUUCACUGUAAGAUGUUAAAGUUUUUCUCAAACCACUGCUGCAGUAUAAUCUGCUUCUCCGCCGUCACCAAAAACAACAGCUUCUGUCUUAAUCAUCACCUCACUGAGUUAGCUCAGUCGCUUAAUUAAAUGUCCUAAAAAGAUCUUUGUUUUUUUUUACACUGAGAAUAUAUUUGGUCGGAAAAAAAAAAAGAAAUAUUGUCUACACUUCUAUCAAUGUGAAGUCCCAUUUGAAAAAAGCUUGCAUGGUGCUAAAGCAACAUGUAGACAAGUGCAGGGAGUCCUCAGAAACUAUAUUUGUGAUUUAUACGGUGCCAAAUGCAUCAGAAUUAUUUUCUUCCUUUUACUGGGUAAGAAUAAUGUCUGUGUCCUCGCUCCUUAAACUGAAAACAAAGUGCAUCUCAAAGUUGUUUUGCAGAAACGUACAGUAAACAUACCGCUGUGUUGGACAGUGAAUGCAUCAUGACUGUUUACACUGACUGUAAUGACUGUUAAUGUAACUCUGCAUAGUUUACAUCAUCUUUUUGUUACAUCCAUCAACAGAAUCAAAAAAGAAUAUGGUGUGUUUUUGUUAUGUAUUUUGUAAUAUAAUGAUUUCCUCCUGGGAUAUUCUUGUAAAUUAAAUGUUUUAAACAUCAUCUGAAUUGGACGCUUGAGAUGAUAAUGACAUCCAUAGUUCAUACUUUAAAAGAAGUUACUUGUCUGAUGAAAACAUCUCAUCCACCUCCUCUUUCCUGUUUUUUUAAUGUAUUCACUCGUCUUCCUGUUUUUGUUGUUUGUUUGCUACGAGUUCAGUUAAGCUAUGAAUGAGAUAAAUCAUCCUCAAACCCUUUUUCUGGAUGUUUGUAAUAUAUAUAUAUAUAAUUUUCAAAUUCACUCUGUAAAUGCACAAUAAGUCUGAACAGGAUCGAAUGAAAGUCCUCGCCAGUUUCUUUGUCAUGAACUUCCACUUGUGUUCCUAAACAUGAACUAUGAAUAAAAUCACUGCGUGGUUUUGAACA